AGGGGACAUCACUUUUACUGAGUGUCUAUUAUUUUAUAUAAAUGUAGGACCCCUUUUUCUCACUGGUAUCGUUAGAAACUGGCGCACUUUCCCAUGUUCCACAUCAUACAUGUAAAAUGUAUGUAACCUGCAAUCUGAGCACAUGUCAAGUGGGAGUACAUUGUCAGUGACAGACAGGCAAGUGCACAUCGAGACAGCACUGAAAGGGUAAACCAAAACUUUAUACACAAGGUUGUGUAAGUCAUUCUUUAUAUUAAAUGAAGGGUUAUGUGCCCUAUAAUUUCACCUAACAAACACAAUGUGGCAUACAGUCUGAGAGACAGCUAGGAGACAGUGUUCCCCAUAAGCAGCCAGCCAUGUUAUCUGACAGCCAGUGCUCCCCAUCAGCAGCUAGCCAUUUCUACUGGCAGCCAGCCAGCCAUGCCUUCUGACAGCCAGUGUUCCCCAUUAGCAGCCAGCCAUGCCUUCUGACAGCCAGUGUUCCCCAUCAGCAGCCAGCCAUGCCUUCUGACAGCCAGUGUUCCCCAUCAGCAGCUAGCCAUUUCUACUGGCAGCCAGCCAUGCCUUCUGACAGCCAGUGUUCCCCAUUAGCAGCCAGCCAUGCCUUCUGACAGCCAGUGUUCCCCAUCAGCAGCCAGCCAUGCCUUCUGGUAGCCAGUGAUCCCCAUCAGCAGCCAGCCAUGCCUUCUGGCAGCCAGUGUUCCCCAUCAGCAGCCAGCCAUGCUUUCUGGCAGCCAGUGUUCCCCAUCAGCAGCCAGCCAUGCCUUCUGACAGAUAGUGUUCCCCAUCAGCAGCCAGCCAUGCCUUCUAGCAGCCAGUGUUCCUUAUCAGCUGCCAGCCAUGCAUUGUGAGAAUAAAAUUCCAUGCAUUAGUGGGACACAGCAAAUCUUUCAGAAAGUUGAGCCAGCUCCUUUUCUCUGCCUCUUCCUUCUCCCAAGUUUCCCCCCUCUUUCUCCCCUCCCUCCUAUUUUCCUAAAUGAAUGGAGUCCCCAGGCUGGCAGGAAGUUGUAAUGAACAUCUCUUCUUCUAGAUGCUGGCUGUCCCUCCCCGAGCUCCCAGCUAGGGCGGCCAGGGCUGGGCGGGGGCCCAUCUAAUUCUGACACCCACUGACAAGGAGGGAAGGAGACAGUCGGGGACAGCAGUCACAGGGUGCUGAGUGACCGCUCAUACUGCCAACAUACAGAGAGAGAGAGAGAGAGCCUGGGAGAGUGCUGGCUGCACUGAGGAUUAGACAGCCUGAUUAACCUUGUGCAGAGGGCGAGGCUCAGUGUCUCCCACCUCCCCCCGGCUGGCUGUGCCCUGCCCGACUGCAGAGAUCACUCAGCUCCCCCACGUCACAGCUUAACUUCCAGCAGAAGGACUGACUGCCACAUGGAGCCAGAUAUGGACUGGCAUAGGAUCUGACAUCACUAGCUUCAGAGGGACAGGAGAACAUGUCAAGGAGUGUGGGUGACUUUUGGAGAGGGCUAGAUGGACUGAUCAACCUGGGAGAAGAUGGGGGUGUAGAAUAACUACAGCCCCCCAGGGGCCCCAUCCAUCCAUCACUGUAACAGGCUGAUUUGCAGGUGAGUGAAAGUGUCUAUAAAAAGACUGUCUGGUCCUGUCUCCUUCCUCUCUGUACUAAUUAACCCUGCACUGACAAACUGCUCAAAACAAUAACUACUACAGCAAUGCAACAUUCUCAUUUAGAUAUCACUGUAUUGAUUUACUUAAAGGAUUAUUCCAGAGUCCUUACCACCAUGUAUAAGGCAUAGGCUGCCAACAUCACACACCCCACACUCACUCAAGUUCCAACAUAUCUAGGAGGUAGAUUAUACAUAGCUCAGAUGUGUUACAGAAGAACAUGCUGAACAAUGCAUGUUUCUUCUCAGAGUUAUAUACCAUGAUGCACACUUUAGAAUACUUCUAUACCUUAAAAUGUAUGACUGCUGAUUCCAUAUGUUACAGUUAUAUAGAUUAGAAGAAUACACAUUGUUGUAUAUAGGACCAUUCACACUGGACAUGAUAAAUGUUUAACUUACAUUAAACAUUCAGCACGUACAUUACUUGUCACAUGCAUAUACUGAACAGUGUAAAUAACGUAUGUAAAGAUAUUUUAGAUGAAGCGGUCAGCAAGUUGAAUACUUACAAUAUUUGAAUGAUGUUUGCAUUCUGCACACUUUAUGAUUAUUAAUAUAAUUACAAAAGGUUCUUAAUUGUGACAUUAUUUUGCGCUGUUUAUGUGUAAUACUGAAGCACAUUAGAGCAUCAUACAUAUGGUUUUGAUUUAUAUUAGAUAUUGCAGUAAAAUUCAGAACAAUGAGCACGUAAAACGUUAAUAUAUAUGUAGGUACAGAUAUAUACCUUGUUUCAAGAAAAACAUAUGUACAGCCAACUUUACAUUCCUAUAGUUGAAACAUGGAUUCACACAGCUGUUUUAGAGUAAUUUAAUUCAGUCUGUAUUGUGUUAUUUUCAGCAGUAAAUCGCAGGGGAAAAAAAAAGUAAAAACUGUUCCUUUCUUUGAGAACACCAUUACUAUGCAUGUUUUUGUAUGUACCCUUAAACUAUAGCGUGCUGUGACUUGUAGUUAUUUAUUUCUAUCUAUCCAUAUUUAGGACAUUUAGUAUGAGGUGAUCCUGUGUGCGGUGUAACAAAUAAUAAUAACAAAGUAUUUAACCAGGGAAGUUAAAUUCAGAUUACUCUGGUUUUCGAGUGAUGCAUUGUCACUGUCCUAUACUCCAGACAAAUGUGAAAUUUGUCUAGCUUAAUCAAAUAAUAAUAAUAAUAUAUAUAUUAUUAUUUUAUUAAACAUUUUUUUAAAUGUACACUGUUCAAUAACUACUGGCUUUUUAAAAUAAAGCCCUGGUAAGUAGAACGUUUACACCUGCAGCGGCAAGUAACUUUUAGUACUGACUAGUAGCAUAGGACAUAAAAUUUUGAGCUCUGCAUACAGCAAGGGCAAAUUUUGUUGGUUCAUAGAAUAUCACUGUAAUGAGUCCCACCCUUUUAUUAUGUAUUGCACAGAUUAAGGUGAUUGAGGCAAAGCGUGAAGAGAGAUGGCAGAUCAGAGCCAAAUUCAAUCAUCUGCUUCCAAAAGCAUCCGGCCAUUCCGCUCCAGCGAGGAAUACCUGGAGGCCAUGAAAGAAGAUCUCACUGACUGGCUCAACAUGUUGUAUGACCUUGACAUGGAGCCUUCCACCUUCAUGGAGGCUCUAGAGACAGGCUUCACUCUGUGCCAACAUGCUAACAACCUCAACCGCUUGGCACAAGAGUUCCGAGAACAAUACGCUGAAGCUGCUAAAAACAUGAGGCUCCCACAAAAAGAUGUGACAUUCCAGGUGAAAGGGGCACUUCCUGGUUCAUUCCUGGCUAGGGAUAAUGUGUCCAACUUCAUUAGCUGGUGUCGGCAGGAGCUUGGAAUACCAGAGGUGCUGAUGUUCGAGACAAAUGAUCUGGUGCUAAGGAAGGGAGAAAAGAGUUUUAUCUUGUGUUUACUGGAGGUAGCCCGAAGAGGCGCACGUUUUGGUAUGCCUGCACCAACACUUAUCCAGAUGGAAGAGGAGAUUGAAGAAGAACUGAAUCGUGGGAGAAAAAGUACUGAGCAAAGAGGGUAUCCCCCAGUCAAAAUGCCUGCCCGGCCUCCCCGCACACUGUGUGAUCUCAAGAACCUUGAUGAGUUGGUGAGACCUUACUGUUCACACCCCAAGUCUUUCUAUACUGCCCUAGAUAAAUACUGGCACCAACAAGAUACAAGGGCUCCUUGUUAUUUAAUUAUCCCAUUCUGUAAAACAGAAGUCAUUUUGUAUUUGCUUCAUCAGAAUUUUAGUUUUUCUGUACCUAGAUAGAGUUAAACGUUUUUAGGCAGUAAGUGUAGACCAAAUUAUGCCUUAGUUUAGUAUCCCGCAGGAUUUAUAUUUGAAUUGAAAGUUCACAAAAACCCUGAAGUUAUUCUCGUGUUGUUUGUUUUGUGUUUGCCUUCUUGGCAGUAACAAGCUGAUGGUCACGCGGACCUCAAGCUAUAUAAUAAUGUUCUUUCACAUCUGCCAAUUUCCUGCCGUGCAAGAUUAAUUAGUAUACAUAUUAACUUCAAGAUUUAAAUUUAACUUUUUAAAAUUUAAAUGUGGUCUGUUCUGAUUUAUUUUUUAACCCUUACAUAAAUAUUUGAGGCAAUGGUCCAGUUUUUUUUUUUUAUUCAUUUAACAUACCCACAUAUAAUGGUUUAUUUUGGUGAGUUGUGUUGAGUUGUUAACUAGUUUGUGAAAUAUAGGUCAAGGUAGAAACUUUUGAAGAAAUAGUCACACUCUCUAGAGACUAAAUUCUUAGGUUUUUACCAACUUAAAAGCACAGUGUUUAUACUAGGUGGUAUACUCUUUCCUCAAAGGGGCAAGCCAAACAGGGUAGUAACCUGUGAUUGUAAUAUAAAGCACAUAGUUGCUUAUAACUGCAGCCAUUUGCAGUGAGCCCGCCCCUUUUCCCUCUUACAUCAAACAAGGAAUUAAAUCUUUCUUGAGUGUACAAAUAUUGGAAUAGCAUUUGCAUGAUCUGUUAGUCCUUACCUCCCCUUUAUAGCUCUCUUCGUGGUCAUUGGCUCAGUAAAGCUCUAUGCACAUCCUUAUCCAUAAAACUGUGAAUGGGGGUGUCUGUAUACUAAUCCCAGCUAAAAUACAGCUGCCAUCAGCUUCACUCAUUGGAUGUGAUGAAUGGAUUUGUUACUGAGGGCUAUAUGGGGACAGGGAUUUAUAGUGUAAAACAGCACUUUAUGAGAUAAGAUUAGACCCCUUAGACCAUAAUGACAAGUUUUAGCAUGUUCCUGGUCUGUGAGGACUCUGCUACCAGUGCUUGCCUGAGCAUUUGCAGCGUGAGGAGCUUUUUAUUUUUGUGUGUAUUUUAGAAUGCAUUGAUUUUCAUUGUUAUACUUUUUUUAUACAUUGAAAGGUUCAGGGUUACUUUCAGUUCCACAGCCUAGGUUGCAUCUAGGGAUGCAAAUUUUUCAGCCAAAAAUGGGCCUAUCCCAUUUAGUCCGAAAACGGGUCAAAUUUGCCAAAAUAAAAUUUUUAAAAAAAUGUUCGUUUAAAAAAGAAAUAUAUAUAUUUUUUUUAUUUUUGUAGUGCAUAGUUUAACAGACAUGCUUGCAUUAACAAUAUCACAAUGAAAAAUAGUAAUGAUAAUAUAAAAAGUCAAGAAUACUGCACUUCGGACGGUGGAGAACACUAUGGGAUGGGGGGGAGAACACUAGGGGACAGGGGAGGAUGGAAAGAACACUAUGGGACAGGGGUGGAGAACACUAUGGGACAGGGGAGGGGAGGAGAACACUAGGGGGCAGGGGAGGAGGGCAAGAACACUAUAGGGGAGGGGGAAAAGAACACUAUGGGACAGGGGAGGGGGGAAAGAACACUAUGGCACAAGGGAGGGGGGAAGAACACUAUGGGAUGGGGGGGAAGAACACUAUGGGACGGGGUUGGGAACACUAUGGGACAGGGGAGGGAAGAAAAGAACACUAUGGGACAGGGGAGGGGGGGGACACUAUGGGACUGGGGAGGAGGGAGGAAAGAACACUAAAAAAGAGGGAGGGGAGAAGAACACUAGAGGGGGUAGUGAGGAACAUUAAGCGGGGGGACCACUAACAGAGAAGGGAGAAGGGAAGUUCUUCAUAUUAGAUUAAUUAAAUUCAUUAAAAAGUCUAAUAUUAAUAAAAUUAUAGGAAAAAACUUUUUUUAAAUCAUUUGGGGGGGGGGGAGUCAUUUUCUGUUUCGGUUUUCAGUCAAGGGCAUCCUGAAUUUUCGGUUUUGGCCCAGAAUUUUCAUUUUGGUGCAUCCCUAGUUGCAUCCUACUCAAAAUACUCAAUUGCAUUGUAAACUUUGCACACUAUCAGCAAUGUAAGACUGAAAGCACGUUUUGCUUUCAUUUAGAAUAUGAUAUAUAUAUAUAUAUAUAUAUAUAUAUAUAUAUAUAUAUACACAAAAUACCCCUGCACUCCAAUAGAGAAAUAAAAAUAGUACCUGGUGCUCUGGUGGCUUAAUCCUAAACAAAGUGAAAAUACCGGCACUCAAGGUUUUCCAGAAGAUAACUUCUCCAUAUAUUGUGGAAAGAAAAUUCGACGUUUCAGCUCCACUGGGGAGCUUUCAUCAGGACAAGUCCUGAUGAAAGCUCCCCAGUGUGCUCAGUGCUGAAACGUCGAAUUUUUUCCCCCGCGAUAUAUGGAGAAGUUAUCUUCUGGAAAACCUUGAGUGCCGGUAUUUUCACUUUUAUAUAUAUAUAUAUAUAUAUAUAUAUAUAUAUAUAUAUAUACAUAUAACAAGAGGGGGUUGGCUGCACUCACCUGAACAUGCAUAAAUAAAGCUGCCAGCCAAAUAAUACAAUACACAAGAUCCAGCGCACUCACCCAUCCACCAAACAGCAACUUCAAUGUUGAAAGAUUUUAUUAGUUUUUUUUAAAAACACCUAAUCUAGGCAAAAAUAAUGGGGGUUUAGUUACAUUAUAUGAUCAUACAUUGCAUAAGCCUGCCACAACGUCAAUGUACCCCAUCUUUGGCAGGUCCUACACUAACAGCCUAAUGUCUGCCCCUAUGAGAUUAACCUACUUGGGAAAAAAAAAUUCCAUCUGGGGCUCUCUGCAGUACAAGGCUAAAUAGGGCCCUGGGAUGAGGCACCUGUGACAGGGAGGGGUGCAAAACCAAGGAGUUGGCUAGACUCCCAAAUCUAUAUAAAACAAGAGGGGGUUGGCUGCACUCACCUUAACAUGCAUAAAUGGGGGUGCUGUUGGGGUUAAAUACUAUUAAUAUUGGUUGGCAUUCGAUAAGACCAUCAUUCAUUAAACAGCAUAUCGUUAAAGAUUAUUUGUUUUUAAAAAUACUCUUACCUAGGCGGGGUUUAGCGAUCAUAAAGAUGGUUUCCGUGCCGCUGUCAAAGUCAAUAAUUAUCUGGCAGGUUUACAUUAACAGUUUGGUCAGCCCGUUUGUUUACUUUGUGUGCUCUUUUCAGUACAGUUAGUCAGUUCAGGCAUCAGACUGGUGUACCGAGUUGUUGUAUUCCUCAGUUGGCGAUAAAUGUUGGAGCUGCCUGGUUUGAACAUGCGCGCUGGGGCCAAAUAAUAGCAUUAGCCAGCAUUCAGCAUUAUUUCAACAAAGGUCUUCACGUUAGUAUUUAUUUGUUUUUGCAACACUUAAUAAUGGUGUUUAGUUACAUUAUAUGAUUAUAAUAUUGCAUGCUCUCACAUUGAUGUUGUGGCAGGCUUAUGCAAUGUAUGAUCACAUAAUGUAACUAAACCCCAUUAUUUUUGCCUAGAUUAGGUGUUUUUAAAAAAACAAAUAAAAUCUUUCAACAUUGAAGUUGCUGUUUAGUGGAUAGGUGAGUGCGCUGGAUCUUGUGUAUUGUAUUAUUUGGCCCCCAGCAGCACCCCCAUUUAUGCAUGUUCAGGUGAGUGCAGCCAACCCCCUCUUGUUUUAUGUAUAUAUUUGGGAGUCUAGCCAACUCCUUGGUUUUGCACCCCUCCCAGUCACAGGUGCCUCAUCCCAGGGCCCUAUUUAGCCUUGUACUGCAGAGAGCCCCAGAUGGAAUUUUUUUCCCAAGUAGGUUAAUCUCAUAAGAGCAGACAUUAGGCUGUUAGUGUAGGACCUGCCAAAGAUGGGGUACAUUGACGUUGUGGCAGGCUUAUGCAAUGUAUGAUCAUAUAAUGUAACUAAACCCCCAUUAUUUUUGCCUAGAUUAGGUGUUUUUAAAAAAACAAAUAAAAUCUUUCAACAUUGAAGUUGCUGUUUAGUGGAUAGGUGAGUGCGCUGGAUCUUGUGUAUUGUAUAUAUACAUAUAUGUAUAUCUGUUGAGAAGGGCUGAUAAGACUAGUAAGUCUAACAACACAGCAACAAAACCAGGAAUGUUACACUACAAUAUAUUUCCUGUUCUCAAAAGUAUUUACAGUUAUAUACCCUUUUCUUAGUUUAUUAAUAACUAACAAAACCUAACUAUUAACACCAUAAAGACUAAUGAUGGUUGGCGCUAACAUAGCAAAAUAAACCAAAAUGGAAUAUCUCACACAUUUAACCCCUUCACAGUGGGACUUGUGUACGUAUACACAAUUCCCAGGGUAUGCACCCAUACCCUGGGAUCGUUUAUAUGCGAUUUCCAUAAGUGCAAAUUAAAUUUGUUUUCUGCAAACAAAUUUUAACUUGGAAAAAAAGAAACUAAAGGAUAUUACUAAUUCCCUAAGGCUUACCUUGGGCCAGUGAGGGGAAAUAGUGGUCCGGUGGGAGAUCCUCCUUGUGUGCACCCUAGGUGGGUGCUGACAGCUCCUUCCGGCCGGUGUAGGUUAAAGUAUCAGAGUGUUGCUAUGGUAAUCCACGGCAACACUCUGAUACAGUAGGCAUGGAGAACUUGGUCUGAACCUCCAGGAGAUGCAGACCAGGUUUUCCAUCCACAGAAAGGGUUCUAUGUGUGCGUGUAUUAGUGUGUAUAGCUGUGCAAUUAAAUAUAGUGCUACCUAAGCAUACUGAAACAAAAAAUACAUUUAAACAUUACUUUCCGGGACACGCAAAAUACUUAGUAGCAAAGAAGAUAAUUUGUGAUGGAACUCCUAUGAAUUAAUAAAAAGAACAUUCCGUGCUGGCAUAAUAUUUCAUUUGAAAAAAGUAUGGAACUGCACUCACUCCCAUCAGUCAGAGCCAGGGUGCUUUCUGUGACCGGAACACCAGGUUCAAUGAAAUAAAAUAAAGGUGGUCCAGGCACUCCUUGGUUCAAUACAGGCACUUUAUUGGAACCACAGCAAUGUUUCGACCGUGAGGUCUUUGUCAAGCAUAAUAUUUCAGGCACAGAAUGUGAUAAUUUCACAUGACACCAGUGAAAUAAAAUACUAUUACUUAACUUAUAGGUCACAGCCUCCCAAGGUUAUCUCCAAGAUAGUAACCUCUUUUAACAAAUAUGUAUAUGCAAAAACAAUUUCAGGCACCUGAUUGUGAUGACCACAAAAUGUUGAUCACCAAGGAGGUUAAAGGGACACUAUCGUCACCAGAACCACAAUAGCGUAAUGUAGUGGUUCUGGUAUCUAGAGCCUGUCCCUGCUGGCUUUUUAUGUAAACACUGUUUUUUCAUAGAAAAUGCAAUUUUAACAUUGGUGCCUAAUAUCACAUCUAGUAGCAGUUACUCAGAUGGCCAGGACAGGAGCUUUCUAGUCCAGUGCUGCACUGGCGUCCAGCGUCUCCGGGCUCUGCAUGGAGGUGCUGAAUGUUCCCCAUAAAGAUGCAUUAAUUCAAUGAGGAGAUGGUGCUUGGCGCAGCGCUGCAUUGAAAUAGCCUGACAAUUCUUUCCUAUGGGAAAGCAUUGGAUUGGAUGAGAUCAUCAAGUUUGAUGAUCUCAGCCAUGGAGGCGGAGUGAGACCGGCAUGGUAUGGGAGAAAAGGUGAGUUAAAAAACACAUUUGUAGCAUGAUCGAAGCGGGGCUGGAAAUCUAAACAGCCGUACCAGGACUAUAGAUUCUCCAAUAGUCCCAAGUAUGACAGAUUGUAAUUUCUAAAUGUUUAUGACUAAUUUGUUCAUAACCUCCACUUGUAUCAAGGAGUUAUUUCUUGUCCUAUGAGGUAAUGCGGCUCAGGCCAUGGAAUCAGGGCCGGAUUAACAUAGGGGCUGAUGGAGCUGCAGCUCCAGGCCCAGGCCCAUGGAAUAGGCCCAUUGAUUUAAAAAAAAAAAAAAAAAAAUUUUUUUUUUCCACACACAUUUUUUUUUCCACACACUACUCUUAGGGAUUCCACCUGGCUUUUAUUUUAUUGGCACAGCCCGUAUUUAAGGCUGCCUGGCUGGUGCCAAUAUUGCAGUGAUACUGGCAAUACAAAUGCUGGUAUUUUUCUGAGUAUAAACAAGAGAUUACUAUGCAAUACCAGCACUGGCCAGCAGCGCUGUAUGUGGAGACAGGCAGGGUUAGGAAGUUCCAGCAUAUCCCUCCCUGCCUGUCUAUACUCACUGAUCUGCAGGGGUGCAGCUAUACAGCACAGAGAGGCCAGACAGCAACUCCCACCCUGCAGAGACAGCCUGCAGCUCAGGGAAGUAAGGGUUGGGGUGAAAGGCUGCAAGGAGACAUGCACUGAGAUACUAAGGUACACUGGGAGACAUUAUGGCAGACACUGAGACACUAAGGGACAUGGGGAAACAUUAUGACACAGACACAUGGGGAUACAGUGUCCCCAUGUCUCCCAUUCAGUGUCCCUGGUGUCUCAGUGCCCACUUGUCUCCCAGUGCCCCCAGUCUGCCAGUGUCUCAAGGUCCCCAUGUCUCCUAGUACCUCCAUGUCUCUCAGUGCCUCAAGUGUCACAAUGUCCCCAUGUCUCCAAGCUAGUGUCCCUAGUGUUUGUGGCCCUGGUGUCUCAGUGUCCUCAUGUCUCCCAGUCCCCCCAUGUCUCAAUGUCCCCAUGUCCCCCAGCCAGUGUCUCUAGUGUCUGUGUCCCUGGUGUCUUCAAGUGUCCCCUAUUUUCCCAUUGUCCCCAUGUGUCCUAGCCAGAGUCCCCUAGUCUCCCAGUGUCACUGGUCUCUCCGUGUUCCUAGGUCUCCCCGUGCCCCCAGGUCUCCCCGUCUUCCUAGUGUCCUAGUGACAUGGGGACCCUGGGAUACAUGGGGACACAGGGAGACAUGGAGCAUUCAGACACUGUGAUACAUAGGAUCACUGGGAGACCUGGGGACAUGACACUAGGGGACACUGGGAGACAUGGGGCGCUGAGACACUGAUACAUAGGAACACUGAGAUCUGGAGUAAUCGACACAUGGGGGCACUGAGUCAUGAGGACACUGGGAGGAAUCCAUCUAUACAGCAGAAUCAAACUAAGUAGUUUUUUGGUGAUUUUACAGCAUUUUCUCCUUGUGAUUUACAUCAUGUGAUAUCACCCAUACAUAUUUAAUUAUGCAAAUUAGUAAGGUUGGUAUGUUUUUCCAAGAAAGGUGGAAACCCUAACUACUUUUCACAUACUCUUAUUUAAGUAUGGAAACUUAAGAGGGAUGUAUGGGAACAAACCUUAUGUGGACUGGCUGACAAUGAAUAUAGUUAAAGGGACACUAUAGUCACCAGAACAACUACAGCUUAUGGAAUUUAUUCUGGUGAGUGGAAUCAUUACUGUCAGGCUUUUUGCUGUAAACACUGUCUUUUCAGAGAAAAUGCAGUAUUUACAUUACAGCCUAGUGAUAACUUCACUGGCCACUCCUUAGAUGGCUGUUAGAGAUCCUUCCUGGGUCAUGGCUGCCUAAAAUAUUGAUACCUUAGAGAGGGUUCAGAGAAGGGCUACUAAACUGGUUCAUGGAUUGCGGGAUAAAACUUACCAGGAAAGGUUAAAGGAUCUUAACAUGUAUAGCUUGGAGGAAAGACGAGACAGGGGGGAUAUGAUAGAAACAUUUAAAUAAAUAAAGGGAAUCAACACAGUAAAGGUGGAGACUAUAUUUAAAAGAAGAAAAACUACCACAACAAGAGGACAUAGUCUUAAAUUAGAGGGACAAAGGUUUAAAAAUAAUAUCAGGAAGUAUUACUUUACUGAGAGGGUAGUGGAUGCAUGGAAUAGCCUUCCAGCUGAAGUGGUAGAGGUUAACACAGUAAAGGAGUUUAAGCAUGCGUGGGAUAGGCAUAAGGCUAUCCUAACUAUAAGAUAAGACUAGGGACUAAUGAAAGUAUUUAGAAAAUUGGGCAGACUAGAUGGGCCGAAUGGUUCUUAUCUGCCGUCACAUUCUAUGUUCUAUGUUUCUAUGUAAAAUGCAUCCAAACAUUCAAUGUCUCCUCCCUCUGCAUGCAGACACUGAACUUCAUUAAUUCAAUUCAUCUCUAUAAGGAGAUGCUGAUUUGCCAGGGCUGUGUUUGAAUCAUGCUGGCUCUGACCCUGAUCUGCCUCUUUGUCAGUGUCAGCCAAUCCUAUGGGGAAGCACUGUGAUUGGAUCAGGCCACCACUUCUAAUGAUGUCAGCAGACUGCUUGUUUUUAUGAGUCUAACAGCAUGCAGAGUUACAGCUUCAGGCUUGAAUAUAGUAAGAUUUUGCUAUAUUUAUGGAGGCAUGAGGGGCCCAGGGGGGCUAGAUGGUGGUGUUAACACUAUAGGGUCAUGAAUUCAUGUUUGUGUUCCUGACCCUAUAGUGAUCCUUUAAGGUAAUGAUGACUUUGGUCUCUCUAACACUGUGGCAUGUUCCCUUUCUUCUCCACUCACUACAUACAGCUUUUCUCUGUCCCAGACUAUAUACCAGGAGCUUCUGCCUGCUACUAAGAAGGUAAGGAGACAAGUGGACCAGCGAGUGCUAGGGGACAGUCCUUAGAAAGCGUUGAGUGAGCGCAUCAUUAGAUGCAUUUAUGCCAAGCUCAGGGUGCUGUCUGCAUAGUAUGCCCUUAGUUGGCCAGAUGCAUGAUUGGCAGGCAGCCUGACAUGCAUUCAUGCCAGACUGCCUUCUAAUUCUUUGGGCAGACAUGUCCUCUUUUUGGGCAUGUUCGCCCCUUUUGGCAGGUUACGUGAUUUGUGUCAAUGGCACACCCUUUUACCUUCCUGCUUGACUGGACACUGUUGUUAGGGGUUAUGGAUUUACUUGAAAAAUGAAAACAUAAAUUAGAGAGAGAUUAGCCUAGGGUAUGCGUUUUCUUAUACCUGCUGUUUUCUAUCUCUCCAGCACCAUCUCCAUCAGAUACAUGACGCUUGGGAGGUUUUACUGUUUUUGGUCGAUAUGAUUCUGUAAUUAGGCCCGUCAUAAUUGUCAGCACCAGGCCCACUGGGCUCUUAAUCUGGCCCUGCAUGGAAUGGAGAGAUUUGUUUAUAUGUUUAGUUUGAAUGUCUUUUGUCUUGAAGUGGACUGUGAAUGUCUUGGGGUAGUGCUAUAAACAGAGGACUAUCCCGGUAAUGCAUACGAUAAAGUAUUUACACUACAAAAAGGCCCUUACUUACCCAGGCAGGGGACUUCCACAUUAACCACACAAUUCACAGAAACAAGAACACUGCCUUAUCUUAGAGAUAGAACUAGACUAUAAAAGUCACGUGGAGAGUUUUGGUCUUUCUCCUUGUGCUGAAAUGUUGAAGUAUCUUGAAGGGAAUUUAUUUUCUUAAUUUGUUGUCCAUAGGGUUUUGCGUGUGUUUCAUCAGUGGUGGGACCGAGCUGGUAUACUGCUUAUCUUUUUGGCACUCAUGGGUUAAAGGAAAUUGUGAUUUAAAUUGUUGUUGCUGCAGGUCUGUCAGAAUCAUGUUCAUUCAAUACAUUUGCCAUACACUGUUUUGUUUCCAUGGUGAUUAUUUGACCUAUAUAUGGCCUACUGACAUUAUUUAGCAGGCAGUAUUUUUUAAAAUAUUUUCAUAUAUUUGUAUGUUAGAAAAGAUGUUUUGGAUUGUAGGCUAUAGGAUUAUAAAAUACCAUUAGUUUUAUUGAGUUUUGGUUGUUCCUUUGUUAUCUCCCCCUUCGUAGUAAGCUCACUAUGUACCUCCCUACAUGGGAGCUACAUAUCUCUAUGCCUGUUAUUAACUACACCCAGUGCCAUCAUGUGUGACUGGCUGUUUGUUUAUGCGGGGGGGAAGAAAGGGAUGUGAACAGUAGAACAAGUCAUUGUAUGCUUAAGAGAUGUAACAGAAUGAGUGAGCCUUCCUUUGUAAGACGCACAAACAGCCUGAGCUAUCCCCCUGUAAGAUGCAGUGUGGCAAUGAGAGCUGAGUCACUUAUUAUCCUGGAUGAGACAGUGACAGACUAAGUGCCCUAUUCCCCUUAAAGAGACAGUGACAGACUGAAUAAUUGACUCCUUGUAAUGCAGUGAGAGACUGAAUAAUUCCCGUAUAAAACACAGUGAGACUGUGACGGCCUGAAUGAGCUAUUCCCGUGUAAGAGUCUGCAACAGACUGUUUGUGGGCUUUUCCACUGCAAGAUACAGUAGCAGACUGAGUGAGCUAAUUUCCUAUAAGAGACACUAAAAGAUUGACAGGCUUAUUCACCAAACUGAAAAUGGAUUUCAAAUUUAAGAGAAAAAGGUGCUGUCUCUUACAAGGGAAAUGAUCACUCUAGCAAUGUCUUUUACAGGAUUGCAGCCCACUCAGUCUGUGAACAUCACUGUCUCUUCUAGGAAAUGAGCUCACUCAGUCUGUCACUGACCAUGCCUCCCAACUCCUGAAUUUGAAGUCUUGUCCAGCCAUCCCACUUUAGUACUGCAUCUGAGGACACCAGGAAAGCGUCGCUGGGCAGCACAGCGCAAGCACAUCACUAGGUCGCCCUCUGCAGCAGGCACUAGAACUAUGUAGGGAGCUCACUGCAUGUAGGGCACCUGUCCGGGAGGCUGUACCUGAGCCUUGUGUUGAGCAUGCAACUUCAGUGGGUGGACCCACCGACUAUCUGGGCAGGCAUGCCUAUUUAGAGGCAUCACCAGUGAGGCAAUUUACGUGCCCUCGGAAGGACAGCCAUCUGUCCUGAAUCAUGCUGGCAUUAAAGUCUAGCUAAAUUAUUCAGAAAUGUUUCUAACAGUAUCACCCUUCAACUCCCCCUGUGAUUAAAGGGUUAAAACCUCCUUUUUUCUAACUCAUCCCUUUCCAGCGCAGAGGCUCCCUCGGCACUGGCUAGGCCUCCUCCUAAUGCUUUCCUAUGGGGAAUUUGAAGACUUUAGAUGUAUUCAUGCUAAGCAUGAGGACAUCCAACGUCGCUUCACGGAGUUAAACCUCUGUUAGUGACCAAGAUGCCCUUCUAGUAGAAAGCGAUUAGAGGUGAAGUUAACCCUGCAAUGUAAUCCUUGCGGUUUCUCAGAAACGGCAAUAUUUUACUUUGCAUGGUUAAGGACACAGGGGCCCAGCACCAAGACCACUUCAAUGGGAUGAAGUUUCCUGGGUUCCUAUAGUGUCCCUUUAAAAGGACCACUAUAGGCACCCAGAGCACGUCAGCUCAGCUCAGUGGUCUGGGUACCAGGUCCCUCUAGUUUUAACCCUGCAGCUGUAAACAUAGCAGUUUCAGAGAAACUGCUAUGUUUACACUGAGGGUUAAUCCAGCCUCUAGUGGCUGUCUCACUGACAGCCGCUAGAGGCGCUUCCACAAUUCUCACUGUGAAAAUCACAGAAGACACUGACGUCUAUAGGAAAGCAUUGAGUAAUGCUUUCCUAUGGGCGGUUUGAAUGCGCCCGGCUCUUGCCACGCAUGCGCAUUCCGCGCUGACGUCGGCAGGAGGAGGAGAGUUCCCCAGCGCCGAGGGAGCCUUGCACUGGAGAAAGGUAAGUGGCUGAAGGGGGAGGGGGGACAUGAGGGUGGGGGGAAUCUAAUGACCCUAUAUCAACAAACUCGUUUUCCUGGCGCUAUAGUGGUCCUUUAAGAGAUAUUGAGUGAACACUUUCUCAUAUAUUUGAAUUGGUCGAACCUUACUAGCUAUGUGAUAUUGAGAAACCUUUGCAAAUUUUGUUCAUAACAGUAGCAUUCCGAUGCAAAGCCCUGGCUGAGAUACUGACUUGCGAAUAGGAACAUGUGUACUAGAGAGACAGUGACCUACUUUCCUGUGUGAGGAUACAGAAUAAAGGCCCCAUGUUUUGUGUGUCAGAUGAUUGACAGAUCUUUUCUCUCUCCCUCACCAGGUCCGUGAAAUAUUAGGCUGCUGCCGAUGUCCAUCUCAAUUUCCAAUGAUAAAAAUCUCAGAGGGCAAAUAUCAGGUUGGAGACAGUAAUGCCCUCAUUUUUGUACGGGUAAGAUUUUGUGUGGAUAUUUAGUUAAAGUGAUUUCUGAUGCCAUGCCUCCUUAAAUUACCAAGGGAUAGAUAGCAAAGGUGGUAUUGUGAUAUACCUUGACAAAUUAAAAGAGAAUUGUCAGUAAUUCAAAGGGAAUCUCAGAUUUAAAGGGACACUAUAGUCCCCAGAACAACUGCAGCUUAAUGUAGUUGUUCUGGUGAAUAUAGUCAGUCCCUGCAGGCAGUUUGCUGUAAACACUGCAUUUUUAGAGAAAAGGCAUUGUUUACAUUGAUCCCUAGGCAUACUUCCAGUGGCAGUCACCCAGAUAGCCACUAGAGGUGUUCCUAGGUCAGUGCUGCACUUACAUUCAGUGUCUCCACGCUCUGCAUGGAGGCGCUGAACUUUCCCCAUAGAGAUGCAUUGAUUCUAUAUGGAGAUUCUGAUUGGCCAAGGCUGUGUCUGGCCCUGCCUCCAUCCCACCUUCUUGGCUGCGAUCAUCAGAAUUGACUAUCUCAGCUAAGGGGGCAAGGUCUGGCUAGGGAUCUAAAUAGUGUUCCUUUCUGGUCAAAAUAGCAGAAUUUUUAAAAUUUGACAAGUCAUCUAUGCUACCAAUUUGGCUAUUGUGAUCCUAAAUGUGAAACACACUUUGAAUUCUCUUUGAAUUACCCGACAAUUCUCACUUUGGUAAAUAAUCCUGUUUGAGGAAUGGACACCAAAAUGAACAUUCCAAAAUACAUUCAUCAUUUUUCUAUUACGAAAACAUGUGUAUAGUCUUUUAUGGAGGAUGUGCUUUUCCAACUAUGCCAAAUGGUGACUCUGCAUUAAGACCUCUUUAAUAUGAGACACUGCCGACUGCUGUAGUGGUUAUGGUGCCAUGUGUGCCCUGGCACUGUCCCACAGUAAGCAGACACACUGUUGUUGUACUGUUUGACAGCUUACUUUGGUCCCUCAUCCAGUCUUAUCCUGCAGGAGAAGCUGGAAGUCUCUAGAAAGGCUGCGUUCAUAUAGUGCUUCCCAGAUUCUCCUGCAGUAGAAGACCGGAUGCAGGUGGACAUUCCUGCAGUCAGCAUGCCAAUUGCACGCUCCCUCAAAACUUGCGACAUCUGUGGCAUUGUGCUGUCUGAUAAAACUGCACAUUUUAGAGUGACCUUUUAUUGUGGCCAGCCUAAGGCACACCAUUGCAAUAAUCAUGCUGUCUAAUCAGCAUUUUGAUAUGCCACACCCGUGAGGUGGAUGGAUUAUCUCGACAAAGGAGAAGUGCUCACGAACACAGAUUUAGACAGAUUUGUGAACAAUAUUUGAGAGAAAUAGGCCUUUUGUGUACAUAGAAAAAGUUUUAGAUCUUUGGGUUCAGCUCAUGAAAAAUGGGGGCAAAAACAAAAGUGUUGUGUUUAUAAUGUUGUUCAAUGUAUAUACGUGUGUAUAUAUAUAUAUAUAUAUAUACUAUUGUACUGUUACUUUACGUAAAUCGGUACUGUGCUUGUAGGAAGUCUUGCACAAUAUGCUGUAAUGAAAUAGUUAAUAGCUAGUUUCCAUCCCUCAUGUUAGUCUUGUAAAGGAAUGGUAAUGAGUAGAUUCAGGUUUGUGUAACAAGAGAUACAAGGUUAUAUAUUAUGUAAGAGUAGUGACAGAUUCCUCCAUCUCUCCUGCCGUACUCUCAAAUGUCACCUUUUUUCUCAUUCAGUGGCAUUCCCAUUUAUUGGUGGCCUGUACAUUUUCUGGUUAUAACAUGUUCACAGAUGGUGGUAAACCAUGUCUUUGAUGUUUAAAUAUGAUUUGCAAAUUUUGCCAUACACUACUUGUUAUCGUGUAUGGAAUUUUGUGUUCAUCUUUUUAUCUUUUCCCUCAUUCCAACAUCCUUGUGUUAAUCAAUGCAAUACCUCUAAUACCUGCCCAAUGUGUCCUGCAGGUUCUGCGCAGUCAUGUCAUGGUGCGAGUUGGGGGUGGCUGGGACACAUUAGAGCAUUAUUUGGACAAGCAUGAUCCCUGCAGAUGUCAGGCUGUAUGUAAGUAUGUGCCCUGCGGAAAGCUUGUGAAAGCUUGUGAAACUGCACGUACAGCAUAUACAGUGGAAUAACAUCAUUGGUAUACUCCUAAUAUACUUAACUCUGACUAUACUCUGUAAUACACAUCUAUCAACACUGCAAAUCACUACCUAAUCCAGAGGGAGCAUCUGUUGUUUUAGUGCAGGGGUCCUCAAACUCCGGCCCACCAGAUGUCGCUGAACUACAACUCCCAUGAUUCUCUGGCUAUCUAUGUAAGUCAAAGAAUCAUGGGAGUUGUAGUUCAGCAACAUCUGGGGGGCCGGAGUUUGAGGACCCCUGUUUUAGUGAGUCUCAACUGGACAUGUCAUUUUUAUAGGGCUAUAGGUAACCGCCUAAACUAUAUUAUCUAGUGAAACAACACUGCCUUGUCCAGCACAGUGAAGGCAUUGUGCAUUGAGAAGAGUUAUUUUGUUGAAUUUGUUAUAUGUCUUUCAAUAGCUUACUUGAUCAAGCUUAAAAUUGAGUAAUGGUUGGUCAAGCUAUUGAAGCUAACAUAAUUUGGGUUGUCAAAAAAAAACACUGCCCUAAUUGCAAAGAUUGGGAAAUCAAGUCACUCCCCAGUGCGGAAAAAAACGCUCUAAACAUAAAAAAGUAAACUGAAUUAUAACAUGUGGGUAGAUUUAAACAGAUGGAUAAAUCUAUUUGAAAGCUAUUCCACUUAAUAUACUGGAUUGCAUUAUUGAUUUUCACAUCUUAGUGACACAUAUGAAGGCGUAGCCUGUAAUUGUGGGAGGGGUUACCUGGCUAUAAAAACUCAGGCCCCCUCCAUUACAAGACCGUCACUGCUGGGUUCAUCCCUCUCACCUCUCCCCUUUAUUACAAUUUAAUGGGUGGGCCCUCUUUUAUCACAGGCCUACCCUAAACGUCGGUUCUGGCACACCACAACCAACUUGUGCUUACUUCUACUUACAUUAUUACAGCUUAUGUCCCUGGCUACAAAUAUACAUUUAAAAGCAGUUACAUUAAAAACAAAGAUCUAAUAGGUUUUUUACAGAUUAGUAAAAAAUAAAUAUUAAUAAAAAUACUAAAUACUGUUAGUGGAACUUUCAGAACCAACACUUAAAGAAGGAGAGAGGCAGGCAGCCUGUUCUGCAAGGGGUGGGUGCAAACAAUGUAUUUUGUUAGUUUUGGAGAUGUGAUAAAGAAGCUCUGUUCCUUCUGUUUGGCCAUUUUGUAAGGUAGGAGAUAACAUUUUCUAUAUUUAAUUAUUUUUUAACCAGUUAACAGUUGAAAAUGUACCAAUGCAAUCUCAUCUUCUUCCCUGCAAAUCUAAACUGAGAGAAAGAACAGAGCACAGAAUUUUGGUUCUUGUUUGCAAACAUUUAACAUGUUUAAAAGGACACUCCAGGCACUAACAGAACUUCAGCAUAUUCGAUGUGUUCGGACCCAUAUUCAUGUUGUAUUUUCACAUUUAAAACUCUUUAGUUUUGUUAAUCCAGUAACAGUGUUAGGACAUGCCAUUAUGUUCUACAAAACCCGGGCUUUAGCAAGGUUAGCAUAUCCUAACAUCCUUGCUCACACUAGGGAGGCCCAGGACCAAUCAAUACCAGGGGAUCCCCUCUGUCAGCUGAGGACAUAUUUAGUGGUCCUGGCUGACAAAUGAGCUGUAUGCAAUGCUCAAAGUGCUGUGGUGAUUUACGGGCUGCAUUGUGUUUGAGGAAGGCCACCAGAGUCUCCCUGCUUACCCUCCUGCUGAUUGUGAUCAGUGCUGGCAUUUGCCAGCUGCCCAGCACCAAUCACAGUGUUAUCAGCAAUAGCAGCAUUCCCUAGCUGUAGCAUAAGAGCAUUGAAUAGUGAGAAAAAUAUAUUAAUAUGAUGCCAAAACCCAUGUAGAUGCCCAGGGUGUUCCUUUAACCUUACAUUUACAGUUUACAUUUGAAACUGCUUAUUAGUUUUUUGUUUGUUUGUUUUUGCUUGUUUUCAGCUGAAUAUGUUUCUAGAUAUUAUUUACUACAGAGUAAUACUGACUAAUGUAGUUUGUGAUGAACUAUUGAUUUUUUUUUUUACAAUCUCGAUUUUAAUUGUUAGAGUUAACAACUUUACUGUUGUGUUGUUGGUUUAUUGGGCAGAAGGGCACUCCAUGUCUUUAUCUUUUGCUAAUAUUUAACCUGUUUAUAUAAUCCUUUCAUACAUCUUCUUUAUUAGUUUAGUAUUAGUAAAUGCUAAGCCAGGUGUGAUUGUAUCACCAAUACAAAGGACUCUGUUGGAAAAAGAGGUUCACAUAUCCAAAAAUGUGGACCCUCCAAGACAAGUAAAGUUUGGUUUAUGUUGGAGCAAACCUUACUUCCUUGGCAGAUACCCUUGAGUGAAGAUUGUGACACUCGUUGAAAAGAAAGCUAAUAUGUGCAAGUAGAAAUUCAAUGCAUUUUAUAAUGUAUAGUUAUAUCAUUGCCCUGAGCUGCCUAUAUUUUUAAAACAUUACUAAUUGCUCUAUACAGCACAUCGUGUACAGACAUCACGUCCGGUAAACUUCUCUCCUCAGCGUGGAUCCAGUGUUACCCCACAGCCCAUCUCCAGCCCUUCUCAUGUGCGAAGAUCUGAUGCAACAUCUAAAAACAUUCAACAGCCACAGCCCCAGGGAAAAUCUAAUCGUUUUACUCCUGCACCUACACCACAACGGCACAAUUUGCCCCGGAAUUCACUUCCAAACAGAGAGCGGCCUGGAGCACAAAAUAUCAACUCAUUCAGGUGUGUAUUCUUGCUUCUGCUAAUCAUUAGCUUAUUGAAUUAAUUACCAUAUUUUUUGGAAUAUCAGACUUACUUAUUUACAGCAAAAGUCAGCUUAUAGUGUAUCAUGGAUGCAGUGUGUGCGUAUGGGAUGGGAUGGAGUGUGUGUGCAGGGGAUGGAGUGUGUAUGUGUGUAUAGUUAAUCCAAUAUGUUUGGGGUAAGAAACUGCACCCUGUAUUUAAAAAAAUAUGGUACAUGUUUGUUAACAUUACUUUAUCCUGUUUGAUAUAGCUGUUUCACUUUCUCUCAGUAUGUUUUUUUGUUGUUUUUUCAGCAUACCUUCUCACUGGUACACUGUCAAUGGAAAGUUUCCCUUGCUAUCUUUUUUGCAAUUAAUCAGUUUGGAACAGUUUUAUCUCACUUGCGUGACAUGAUGCUCAUAUUUGUCAAGAUAUGCAGAUGCUUAACACCUCUGCUGCAGAAAUAACUUGACAAAGAGAAAAGGCUGCUGCCAAAGGGGAUAAAACUGGGGGCAGAGUGUUCCUUUAAAAAUGUUCAGAAACUUUCCAUAAUGCAGUGAUACUCUGUAAAACUCAGUUUUGCUUUCAUUCUUUUUCUUUAAUAAGGGAUCACAGUUGUAUUCACUUCAGAGAGACUUAUUUGGAUCUGUAUCUAUGUCACAUUUACAGCCAUCCCAAUGAAUACAAAAAAAUAUAUUAUCUCCCCCUACAAUUCUCUGAUAUUAUAACUGAAUAAGGUGUGACAGUUGAUUGUGUUCAUAUAUGACCCUGGUUACAUGCGCUAUUUCUUCUACUCUAUAAAGUCAAUAAUACACAAAGAUAAGUUGAUCUUAGGUAAAAGAAGAUGAUUAGAGACGUUUGAAUAUGUUUGUAGAAUUAUGAAUCAUUCCUACUUUUACUUUGAUUGUUUCAGAAAGUGUGUAUUUUAUUCAUUCCCACUUAAGUAUCUUCUGGUCACUGAUCAUGAUUUCAAUUAUGCUUGAAAAACCUCAACACAGCCAAUCAGAGCACAACUUUUAUUAUUUUUGUUUCCAUUCUUUAUCUCUGCAAAUGUCAAAAUCUCUUUUUUUUUCUUUUUCCGAAUCUGCAGAAAAUGUUGCUGCAGUAAAAUGGAUAAUAAGCUAGUCUCCUACAUUUGACAUAUUUAUGGAAUGUUACCGCAUUGCACCAUUUCGUAUAAAACAUGUAUAAUUUCUGAUCUUUGACAUGUUUAAUUGUUGUCAAGCGAGAAGAAUAUUUGGCUGCAGUCAUGCAUCUCAAAGAAAGGGCUUUGAUAAAUUAAGGACCAUUGUUUUCAUAAUAGAUUAUAGGGGUUCAAAACUGUUAAUGAAUUUAGCUUAAUUGUACUCAUCUUUAAACACGUUAAAUGGGGAAUGUAAAUUCUCUGGAAUUUACAUAAUUGAAGAAAACAUUGAAAAUCAUCCAAUAAUGUUUGUUAACCUUUUUUGUAAUGAGAUGCUGUUUCCUUUUAAAAACAUACUAAAGAUUUAGCAAAUAACAUCAUUAUCCUGCUCAGAAGAGGCAAAGCGGGCAAACAUUGAAAAUAAAGAGGAGAAAUAGAAACAUUGUUUAAUUACUCCUCUGCUGCAUCUGCUUUCCCUAUGUUUACUGUCAAGUGCAAAGUUCAGUAUUUAAUAAUGAUUGCAGGGAAUUAAAGGAACACUAUAGUCACCUAAAUUACUUUAGCUAAAUAAAGCAGUUUUAGUGUAUAGAUCAUUCCCAUGCUAUUCCACUGCUCAAUUCACUGUCAUUUAGGAGUUAAAUCACUUUGUUUCUGUUUAUGCAGCCCUAGCCACACCUCCCCUGGCUAUGAUUGACAGAGCCUACAUGGGAAAAAAACUGGUUUCACUUCCAAACAGAUGUAAUUUACCUUAAAUAAUUGUAUCUCAAUCUCUUGUUUGACAGUUCUCCUCAAUUCUGACUUAGUGAAUAUAUACGCAAAAUAAUUUCUGUUGUUGCUGUUUAGGAGUACAGAUCAUGCCCCUGCUACCUCAUGGCUCAAUUCUCUACCAUUUAGGAGCUAAACAACUAUUGUUUCUGUUUAUGUUUGCCCUGGAUACGCCUCCUCUGGCUGUGACACAUGCAGCUUCACUGAAAUUUUUUUUUUUUUCUUUUUCAAUCAAAUCUUAAAGUUUGACAGCACAAUGUGUUUACUUUAGACGUUAUUUCCAUCCCUAGCUCUAGGGUAUUAGAAGAGCAGGAACUAAAUCCUAAAUUAAUACACUACAAUACGGAAAGCUAAGAGAUGAAGACUCUUUUUUUUCUGGAAGUAUGGGAGUCUGUGUGGGUCUCAACUAGAGGAAAUGUGGCUUAGGGCUACAUAAACCAGUGAUUUAACUCCUAAAUAGAAGAAAAUUGAGCAAUGACACUGCAGGGGAUAUCUACUUUAGUUAAUGUUGUUUUGGUGCUUAGAGUAACUCUUCAAAGUCUUUGAAAAUCAAAUACUGUGUAUAAAGAGAAGACUGUUAAUUGGGUUCUCUGAUCUCUCUGUGCUUUCUAUUACCCAAAGCUUUGUAAAUUAUUUAAACAGCGGAAUGUGAGCUACAGCCAGUGAUAAUUAGGAAUGGUGACAUAACCUGGUUACUUAACUCCUACUCCAGAAAUUAUGUUUUGGGGAGGGGUUGUUUUGUUUUUUACAUAAAAUAGUAGUUGUCAGACACUCAACAACUUUUAUUAUUCAAUCUUGAAAACAUAUUUACUAACUAUAGUAAAUAAAAUUAAUUUUAUUUUAAAAUAUAUAUAGCAAUGACAUGGUUAACAAUUAUAUAACAAUAGAUACAACAGAAAAAUGGACGAAAAUAUCCAAAUUUGGGAACCCUAUAUGUCUACUUUAGAUCCUCCCCUAAAAAACUAAAUUAAAAGUUGUCUUUCAAAAUACCUAACAAGCCUGUUUACCAUGGAAAAUACCCCAAAUUCCAUUUAGUUUCUAACUUGAAAAUCAGGCUUCUCCAUAUGUAAUCAUUGUGUAGCAAAAGCAAGUAUCAAAUAACUUUAAAAGAACACUAUAGUCACCUAAAUUACUUUAGCUAAUUAAAUCAGUUUUAGUGUAUAGAUCAUUCCCCUGCAAUUUCACUGCUCAAUUCACUGUCAUUUAGGAGUUAAAUCACUUUGUUUCUGUUUAUGCAGCCCUAGCCACACCUCCCCUGGCUAUAAAUGACAGAGCCUGCAUGAAAAAAAAAACUGGUUUCACUUUCAGAUGUAAUUUACCUUAAAUAAUUGUAUCUCAAUCUCUAAAUUGAACUUUAAUCACAUACAGGAGGCUCUUGCAGGGUCUAGCAAGCUAUUAACAUAGCAGGGGAUAAGACAAUCUUAAUUAAACAGAACUUGCAAUAAAGAAAGCCUAAAUAGGGCUCUCUUUACAGGAAGUGUUUAUGGAAGGCUGUGCAAGUCACAUGCAGGGAGGUGUUACUAGGGUACAUAAACAAAGGGAUUUAACUCCUAAAUGGCAGAGGAUUGAGCAGUGAGGCUGCAGGGGCAUGUUCUAUACACCAAAACUGCUACAUUAAGCUAAAGUUGUUCAGGUGACUAUAGUGUCCCUUUAAGAUUGAGGCGUCCAGUUUCUGUAUACAGUGAUAUGGAUGCAUACAUUUAAUUUUAUGUUUCACACCUCACAAAUACAUCCUUGUUAAAUACAAGGAUAAGUAAACAUAACAUUACAAUUACUAGGACAGUUUUCCUAGAGACAUUAGAAAGAGACAGAUGUUUCCAACCAGACAGGUCAACUUCUAUUUAAAAUACUGUAUUGUUGCAUUCACAACUAAGGUAGGCAGAAUUUGUCUUCUGACUGGAGCUCCAAAGUGCGUUGAUAGACUUCUUUGAUCUCUAGAACAGUGGAGAUGGGAUUAAUCUCAAUACCGAUAUUGCUUUCUUAGAUUCCCUCACUAUACCUCCAACUGCAAUAAUCUGCCAUUCUUUUUUGUAUUUAUUAGUUUUUUUAAGUCAAUUCUUCUGGCUUCCUGUCUUUUCAAACUUUUUUUUUCAAUUUCUUCUCUCAGGCCUCCUCGCUUACGUCGCUACUCUGGUGAUAGUGAUUCUUCUGCCUCCUCUGUUCAGAGUGCCCCUGGAGGAAGAAAGUCGGUAGAGAACAUGAGACUUGGACCUCGUGGUUCUGUAACACGCAGCCAGUCCCAGGACCGGGGCCCUCUUCCCUGCAGAACACAGGUUUCCCAGUCUCCGCUUACUGAUCGUGGCAGAACACACGGCUCUUCCUCAGGUGGUCCUCAAAAUCGUAGGGCGCGUAGUCAGGGACCCCCUAGUAACAAGAAGACAGUUCUUCUCAUAACACGAGACAAAGAGGGCCAGCACUCUUGGACAUCUGCAACCACUUCCAAGCCCCCUAAUCCUCGCACCCAAACAGAACCUCACCAAACACACACUUGCAGGCAACUAAAUUACACACCUGAACCUUUGGAUGUGCGCCAAGAGCAGCAAAUUUAUCGUUGUCUAGAAAAGGAAUUCCUGGAAAAUACACGUCUCUUGAGAACUUCCGAGUCAUUUGGGCCUCAACAUGGAGCUGGUAUUCUUGUGAGUCCACCUUUAUCUGAGCCAGCUGCAGUAGACUCUGCAUACUGCUCCUCCAGCUCUUCAUCCUCCUCACUCAACUUCUACAUCACAGGUGGGGGUGGUGGAGGAGGCAGGGAGCAAAUAGGUGAUGGAAACCCAGUAAUAUUGCCUACAUCAGCCUGGAGGCGGCUUCCAGCAUUAUCCAGUUCUUCAGAUGACAGCUCCUGUCCACCUGCUCCAGAGGAACUGCAGGAACUGGCUGAGAACGAAGGUGAGAAUGAAGAUUCUUAUGACUCCCCUGAUCUUGAUACUGAAACAGGUGGAGUUGUUCUGAGACCCAAGAAAAGUCAAAAGCGCCCAGACCGAGUACCUUCCAUUUAUAAACUGAAGCUGCGUCCUAAAAUACGUCCUCGAACUGACAUACAGCCAGAUAAAUUACCUACCCGCAUCCCUACCCCACUUAAUUAUAGAACUGCUGGCUCGCCUCCUAAAGCUAACCCCAACCGGCGCACAUGGAGAGCUAAACAAGCUGUCUUCUUCUCUGAUUCAGGAGUCCAGGCAGAGCAUCCCUGCGGAUGAAGCAGUAUCGAGGAUUACGGGAGACUUGAUAGUGAGGAUUAAUAUUCAUUUCUCAGCUCUGAACCCCCAUUAUUUGCCAGAGUCUCAGAAUAUACUUUUUAAGAUCUGAAAUCCAUCUUUCGUGACAAAGGGGGUUAAGAUUGGAUGACUUUUGAAAAAGCUAUGCAGAACCCUUGAAUUAUAACUCUACACUCAGGGCAUGAAUCCUAAGCUAUAUUGGAGCACGAAGAGGCACGCAUGCUCAUUCUAUAGUGCAGCAUGAUGACACUGUUAAAGAAGUAAAUCAUCCUAGAACAUAGUAUGGUGUUCAUGUCACUACUAUUUAAAAUGCCAUACUAUUUAUUCAGGGGAUUAUUAACUACAGAAAUUCACUACACAACUUAGUAUGUCAGUUUUUAUGUGCUUCCAUCUAACAGUUAUUCUAGUCCUUUACAUUUAUUUAAUCUUUGUUUUUGACAAUCCAUGUAUUGGAUUUAAAUAUUUCAAAGUGAAUGUUGAGAAAAGUCCAGUAUCACUACAUGAUAAUCCAGCCAUCACAAAUGAUUGAAAAUCAAUAAUGAUCUUUGUUUAUUUCUGUUUUUAUCAGAAAAAAAAAAAUGAUGGCUCAUAAAAAAGAUAGUGUGGAACGUCUUCCUAAUGUAGAAAUUUACAGUGCACAGGAUAAGUAUUUUAUCCAAAAUCAGGAUAAGUUCCCUAACUAAAAAAGAUGCAACUAACCACCACUACGUGGCGUCAGGAGAAUACGAUUUCAUUUCUUGUUGCUGUACCAAAGAGCAAAUUGCAUUGCUAAGGCAGUUGUCAAUAAUAAUUAAUCGGUAAGAUGCUUGACUUGGCCUCUGCUACACCAUAUUUAAAAUAUGCAAGCCUUUUGUAACAUUCCAGCACCGUGAUGUGUAGCUGCCUUACACUAACUGGGUUAUCAGUGCGAUAGUUUGUGUUGACCUGUAUAAAAGACUGCUCACCCAGCUUUAUAUAUAGUGUUAAUCUUGUCUUGAUGAUGACCACAACAUGCUACAAAAUUAGACAAGUGUUUCGGUUCUGUUGUCGUAUUGCUUUAUUUUUAAAGGCAGUACAAAUAUCCAUAGUACAGAAUAAAUGAACCAUGGAACAAAGCAAAGGGUAAAGGUGGAGCCCUUGGCAAGAACAGCAUAUAUAAAGACAAAUGAGAAAUUCACCUUAGUAAUUCUAGAUAGAGUAAAAGCAUUACAUCGGUCGAUUUUCCAUUUAUUGCCUUCUAUAAAUAAGAUAAUAGGAAGAACUUCACUUUUUAGUAGAGUGAAUAUAUGGAAAAUAUUAAUCAGAUCCGUUAUAAUGAUGUAUUGGAAUAGGAGAUGUUUUGUGAGAGACAGCAGAAGGAAGUAUUUGAGAGUUAAAUGACACAGGAAAGGGGUUAUUGAACGGACUGGAUGAUCGGAACCUGGAUUUACUGGGGGAUGUUAGUUAGAGCAAUAGAAAGAUUUGUCGGAAGGAUUUUGUUGGCACACUUGCAGGGUUUAUUCGGACAGAUUAUAUGGAGCAAUUGGAGGAAUUUUUGAAGCAAUAGGAGGAGCUAAUAGGAGAGAUAACAUGGAGCUGUAAAAGAAAUUAUAUGGUAAGGUAUUACAGAGCAAUAAGGAGGAAUUAUUUGGUACGGUUAUGUGGGAAAUAGGAGGCGUUAUUGAGAAAGGUGUUAUGGAACAAUAGAAGAUAUUAGGAGAGGUUAUAUGGAUUGAUAGUUAGAGAAGAAUGAAUGGAGCAAUAUGGUAAUUGCAGAGGGAGGUUAUACGAGAAACGGUUGUGUUAGAACGUAUGGAUGCAGAAAUAAAAUGAUUUAUAGGGAGAAGUCAUGAUGAGGAUUAUUAUGAAUUAUUAUAGGAGAAAACAUAUGGUGAAUUAGUAGGUACAGAUUGUAUAGAGAAGUAUGGUGGACUGUAUAGCAAGUAUAUGUAAUACUGAGCAAUAGUUCUUUAAAAGAACAGACAUUUUACAAUAACAAUCAUCUGUAAAAUAUUGAUUGGUGCGGGAGUGGUAAUACAGUUAUAACUUGCAUGUCUGUUAAUGCAGUGGUGAUCUGAAUUAAUUUAUAGUUUAUUUAUAAUUAAAGUUAGCAAUAGACGGAUGACUGCAUGUCAAUCUGGCCAGCCUUAUUCCCAGUCUGGACUGCGAGUGUACUCCUCUCAGGUGGAAUGCUUAUGGUAUUGCUGGCCUAUUAGAGCCUAAUCAAAGGGAGAUGACAGGUCAUAGACUGCCAAGGAACCUAUUAAAGACUAUUCCCAGGUGUUUGACGUGUAGAAUAGAACACUGGGAACUGGGAAAGACCACGUCUCAGAGCACUUAUCUGCUACAGACUGUAUAUUUUUAUAUUUUCAAGCAAUCUUGAUUAACAAAUCCUGUGUUUCCUGGUUGCUUCUUAAAGAGUAAAGUUCUAUUUAUUGAGACAGGAUAAAAUCUGCUGUUUACAGAGUGGGUGGGAGUGCAAGAUGAUUAAAUGUUUGUGAGUAAAAAAAAAAUGUUUUAUGGUUCCUCUUAAGAGCCUGGACAUGAGACAUAUUCUAAUUAUUGUGGGCAAUGGAGAAAUCAGAUAGUCUGUUUUAUUUUUAGACAUAUUACAUGCUACACAUAUUAUAAAAAUUUAACUUCUGUAAUACAUGGUAGCAUUGACUGCACAGGUCUAACCACAGGUCCAACUACUGUCAUCCCUCUUAGCUUCGCCCUGCAGAAACAUUACUGAGCUUUGCAUUUCAUGGGGACAUUCUAGAGAGGGAGAGAGGUGUGUAAGUAGAUUGAAAGUGUUUGUGGUUGUUUACAUGUUCUUGGACGUCGCUGUGCACACUGAAGUAUUUGUUGACCUGUGUAUAUAUGUAUACAGAAAUGGGUUUGGGUUUCAUUCAUAUGUGUGUUAAGUAAAGAGGUCUGCUUAAACAUGACAAGUAUAAAUGUGUAUCAUUUUUUUUUUGCUGCUGAUUAAACUAAUUUCAAAAUUCCGACAUCUCUGUGUAUGUGAGACUAUGACAAAUGCACACUAAAUGAAACAAUCUAAUCUGUGUGCACAUUUAUAGCAGAACCGUCAUUGUGUAGUUGUUACAUCGAUCAAGGUUUUUAAAUCUCAGACAGUCUAAGGGAGCCCUUUUUGUAAGUGUCUGUGUUACUGACAGAUUGAGGUAGUCCUUGUCCUCUGUGUGUGGUACUGUCAGACUUAGAGAACCGUGAGGGUGACCAUGUGAGAUGCCACUUCCAUUGUGGUUAGGGAAAACUGUGAAAGCCUUUCUCCUGUUUGUGUGUGAAUAAUACUGACAUACGUAUUGUACAGCGCUACGGAAUAAUUAUAGCAAUAAUCUGUCCAUGCUACAGACAAGAGAGAGUAUUCUCUUAGUGUGCCUAUGUGCCAAUCUCUGUGUCACAAAUCCACUCUUAAGUGUUCAGUCUCUUCAGAUCACACAACAGAAAGGCUCACUCAAUUUGUGUUAGAUACACACAUUUCUCUGUCAGCCUAUCAUAAAGUAGCCCUUAUUGUGGUGUAUGACACUGAUAGACCAAACAAUCCCUCUGUUGUGUGUGGCACUAAGUGACAGACUGAGGAAACUCUUCUUGUAUAUGAAACAGCCACCAUAACUUGUGCAUGACACUGACAGACGUAACUAGCCCUUUAGCUCGUGUAUGUGGCAAUGAAUGUAGACUAGAAUGAAGGGGUUCUCUUUUUAUGUAAAUGACGCUGAUAGAUCCCCAAGGGUGUUCAACAGACAGACUGAAGGAGUCUCAUUCCUAAGUGUUUUUAACAGGCUGACUGAAGGAGAUAUUCCUGUGUGUGUGACACUGACAGAGGGGAGACUACAGCCAUCAAAAGUGGGUUACAAAACUUGCAUCACAUGAUGCUGCAUCGUUCCCUGUGCAGAGCUCCUUGUAGGCAGAUGCUGCUGGUAGUGCGCCUCCCUCUGGCAGACAUGCUGAUCAGCAGCUCCUUGAAGAGCAGGAGGAUAUGCCAGUUGUUCCGAGCUGAGCACUCUAAAUAACCACAUUUCCAGUUCUUUUUCACCAGCACCGACAAAACAUGGCGAAGGGCAAAGCGAUGUUUCUGCUGGUCUCUCUUAUUACCAACCACAACUAUCAGUGGGGGCUUACUGGCACUGUGGAGACAAAAGGGGGAGGGGCACCAUAUUAGCUAUUGACUGCUUGUAUUGCCAAUACUAACCAUUUCAUUACUUAUACAAUAUAGA